UGUCACAUAUCUCGUAGCUUUCAGACUUCGUGGAACCAAUUUCAUUGUACACGGCGUAUCUGCUUUGUAUUGUGGAACCCACUCGUUCGCCCACACGGAUAAUUUUGAAGUUGCCUACUUUUAACCUAUUUAGAGCGUGCUUGUGGAUAUUUUAUUAAACGGACCGCAUUUACCGAGGUACGUUGGGUGGCUAACGAUGGCCAUUUGUUUUGUAGUUUGUUUUUUGUAUUUGCUGGUCUCUGCUUUGCAACCAGAAUGCGUGGAUAGCACUGGAGAGUACUGUCACGGCUGGGCCGACGCAUACAACGUCUGGCACACGGGCUUUCAAUGUCCGGAGCUUUACGACGGCGAGGACUCGAGGUAUUGCUGCGGGACUUGCACGCUGAGGUACUGUUGCACAGCGGCAGAGGCCAGGUUGGACCAGAGCAGCUGUGACAACGAUAAUUUUUUUGAGUUUGAAAAAGACGGGAAGACGGAACCUGAGCCUCCUCAAGUACCCACAUACUUGCCGUUCCUGAUUGUCGCAAGUGCCUUUGUGUCCUUCGUGGUGGUUGGAUCGGUCUUCGCCAUUUGUUGCUGCCACUGCCUGAAACCCAAGCCCAGGGACCGUCAGGGUGGAUCGGUGCCAGCCCAGAGCCGUCUGCUCGAGUCCAGCGGCCCCUCCUCAGACGGAAUGACACCCUCCCGCCAUUCCAGCGCCAGCUCAAGUUCUGCAGGGAGGUCCACCGUGACCGCCCGGCAGCAGAACAUUUGCACCCCUGGUACGGAGGUUACUGUUAACAUGUACGGGCCAGCGGGGGGCGGGUACCCGAUUGCGGGCCCACAGGCCCAACAGUACAUACCCGCUGCGCAACCCCAUGGCCCCUUCUUCCAGCCCUACCUGAACUAUGGGAUUCCCCCAGAGCACAGCAUGAUGAUGACUCAAGCCUUCUUAGACACCCGGUCUACCUACAGCCAGCAGCCGGCCCAUGCCUUCCAACAGGCCCCCAUGCACACUGAACAGCUGUACACAGGGGUGAACAUAUGAGCCCUCUGUCAGACUCUUGCAGCGAUUGAUCUGGGACCGCUACAGAGUGGUUUGUCAUCCACAUUAGGGUCAUGCGAGGGAAGAGGCCCAGAGUUGAGAACCCUACAGAGAUUGGAUAUGAGCGUUCCAGACGUGAAAGAUGGCGGUCCAUUGGAUGCAUGUUUGGCGCUCAGUGACUUUUCAACUUCCUGAUCUUCACAAGGACCGCCAUGGGGAUUCUUUUAUACAAUGAGAUCACGUUAAACAAUGUUUAUAAGAUUAGAAUAUUAUACUCCUAACACGAUGUGCCUUUUUAAUUAUGUUUUACAGAAUUGCUAAUGUUUUGGAUUGUAUUUCUUAAAAGGGAUAUUUUUGCAUGUAAUAUAUUAUCCAUAGAUGUGCAGGAAAAAUGCAUAUUCAUAUUGA